AUGCCCGCUGUUGAGUCUAGCUCCAGCGUUACGGUUCGGCAAAGCACUUCGCUUGGUGAGGUCAACAGUCUCUUUUGCACUCAGAUUAAAGAUUUAGGAUGGAAUCGCCAUGAAUUGGAUGCUCAAACACACUUUACAGUGGCUCAGAAUGGCCAAGACUGGCUACUAUUGAUUCCAGCGGGCGCAACCGAGCCUGUUGGGAUGGUGAUAGGCUUCAAGUUCCCUAAUCGCACCGGAUGGGUCGGUUUCUUCAUAGUUGACAAGAAUUACCAAGGAAGAGGAUGGGGUGGGCUUCUGUUCAAAGCCAUGCUUGAUGCCUACAGCGAGAUUGGCAUCCAAAUGGUUGGUUUGGAUGCUGUACAAGAGCAAGUUAAAACAUACGAAAGACGAGGGUUCGUUGAAGCGGCCAAGAUCAAGAUAAUGACGUGCACACCUGAACAAGAAUUGGCGACGAAAUAUAGAGCUGUCGAGCUGGCCAAAGGGUAUAAAGCAAUCGAUAUCAAAGAAGCUGAUACGGGUGCCAUUGCGGAUCUGGAUCGCAUGCAUACUGGGCUUGACCGAACAGUACUCUGGGCUAAGGCUUUGUUUCCUCGACCAGAUUCAUUUGGAUUUGCCAUCAUAUCUACCACCACUGAGGAACUAUCAGGUUUUAUCCUAGUUCGUCGCUGCGAACACGGACACCGAUUUGGCCCUCUGUUUGCGGACUCAAACGCCCACGCGUCCUCUCUUCUUCAACUAGCUAUGUCGCAUCCAAGUGUUUCAGAAUCUCCUGGAAGCUUAAUCGCUGAAGUAUUUGGCCCCAAUGAGAAUAGUGUUGAUGUAUUUUCACAUUUAGGAUGGCAAUGGACGAAGAUGGAUUACCACCGAAUGUGGUUCAAUGGCCGAGUGCCAGUAGAGCAACAACAAGGUGGACGAGGUCAAAAGGGAAUGUUUGCUAUUUUUGAUGCUUCCGAGGGAUGA